GAGGCUGAGGCUCCAGGAAAAGGGGAGCGAGUUCAUUGGAUCAAACAUGUCACAAGAGUCGGACAAUAAUAAAAGACUAGUGGCCUUGGUGCCCAUGCCCAGUGACCCUCCCUUCAACACCCGAAGAGCCUACACAAGUGAGGAUGAGGCCUGGAAGUCGUAUCUGGAGAACCCCCUGACGGCAGCCACCAAGGCAAUGAUGAGCAUCAAUGGGGACGAGGACAGUGCUGCUGCCCUGGGCCUUCUCUAUGACUACUACAAGGUUCCUCGAGACAAGAGACUUCUGUCUGUGAGCAAAGCAAGUGACAGCCAAGAAGACCAGGAAAAAAGAAACUGUCUUGGCACCAGCGAAGCCCAGAUCAACUUGAGCGGAGGCGAGAACCGAGUGCAGGUUCUGAAGACCGUCCCGGUGAACCUCUGCCUGAGUCAAGACCACAUGGAGAAUUCGAAGCGUGAGCAGUACAGCGUGUCCAUCACUGAGAGCCCCGCCGUCAUCCCCGUGUCGGGCAUCACGGUGGUGAAAGCUGAGGAUUUCACGCCCGUGUUCAUGGCGCCCCCAGUGCACUAUCCCCGCGCGGACGGUGGCGAGGAGCAGCGCGUGGUUAUCUUUGAACAGACUCAGUAUGACCUGCCCUCCAUAGCCAGCCACAGCUCCUAUCUCAAGGACGACCAGCGCAGCACGCCCGACAGCACCUACAGCGAGAGCUUCAAGGACGGCGCCUCGGAGAAAUUUCGGAGUACUUCUGUUGGUGCUGAUGAGUAUACAUACGACCAGACGGGGAGUGGUACAUUUCAGUACACCCUGGAAGCCACCAAAUCUCUCCGGCAGAAGCAGGGGGAGGGCCCCAUGACCUACCUCAACAAAGGACAAUUCUAUGCCAUAACACUCAGUGAGACUGGAGACAACAAAUGCUUCCGACACCCCAUCAGCAAAGUCAGGAGUGUAGUGAUGGUGGUCUUUAGUGAAGACAAAAACCGAGACGAACAGCUGAAGUACUGGAAAUACUGGCACUCCCGGCAGCACACUGCUAAGCAGAGGGUCCUUGACAUUGCUGAUUACAAGGAAAGCUUCAACACCAUCGGGAACAUUGAAGAGAUCGCAUACAAUGCCGUUUCCUUCACCUGGGAUGUGAAUGAGGAGGCGAAGAUCUUCAUCACCGUGAACUGCUUGAGUACAGAUUUCUCCUCCCAGAAGGGUGUGAAAGGACUUCCUCUGAUGAUUCAGAUCGACACGUACAGCUAUAACAACCGCAGCAAUAAACCCAUCCACAGAGCGUACUGCCAGAUCAAGGUCUUCUGCGACAAGGGAGCAGAAAGAAAAAUCCGGGAUGAAGAGAGGAAGCAGAACAGGAAGAAAGGGAAGGGCCAGGCCUCCCAAACCCAGUGCAGCAAUUCCUCUGAUGGGAAGAUGGCCGCCAUACCAUUACAGAAGAAGAGUGACAUCACGUACUUCAAAACCAUGCCCGACCUGCACUCGCAGCCUGUGCUCUUCAUACCAGAUGUUCACUUUGCAAACCUGCAGAGGACUGGACAGGUCUAUUACAACACCGAUGAUGAGCGAGAAGGCAGCAGUGUCCUCGUUAAACGGAUGUUCAGGCCCAUGGAAGAGGAAUUUGGUCCAACACCGUCCAAGCAGAUUAAAGAAGAAAAUGUAAAGCGAGUGCUUUUAUACGUGAGGAAGGAGAACGAUGACGUGUUCGAUGCUCUGAUGCUGAAAUCACCCACAGUGAAGGGCCUGAUGGAAGCGCUGUCUGAGAAGUACGGGCUGCCGGUGGAGAAGAUCACAAAGCUUUAUAAGAAGAGCAAAAAGGGCAUUCUGGUCAACAUGGACGACAACAUCAUUGAGCACUAUUCAAAUGAGGACACCUUCAUUCUCAACAUGGAAAGCAUGGUGGAAGGCUUCAAGAUCACGCUGAUGGAGAUCUGAACCCUGAUGGAGUCCCUGACAGGAGCUUUUGGUGCACUCCUUCCUGGGAGAGAUGUGAUCUCUGCCGCCCCAGAACCUGGAGACCCAUCUCACCCUCCUCACAAGACUGUUACAAGACUGCUGGGAAGGGGGCGGGGCCCAAGGCCCAGUAACAUUCCACGCGCUCCCUCUGGAGCUGAAGCCUGAGCCCCUCAGCAGAUUCUUUGAGCCUGGUAGGCCCUUAUUUAUUGCCCAUUCUUUCCCCAAGAGCCCUCCAGGACUCUGCAAGUUACUGAGAGCUCCAUGGGAGACCUCCAGAGUUUCCCCUUCAAGGGCAGCAGCAGCAGCAGCAAGUCCACUCAUCUCGAGCCUGGGGAGCUGGUGUGUCCUUUUCUUACCUCUCCUCAUUUCUUGAGUGGAUGGACCAGAUGAGCUGCUUCUUGGUGCAGUCUUCAUGGAUGGAGUAAGAAGGACCCCAAACCUUCAGAUUACUCUGAGGAAGGUCAUUUUGCUAAAUACCUCCAGGGGACUCUCAGCAAAUAGCCACUGACCGCGUACGGGAAGACUGCACUACCAUGUCAGCUUGUUGAACACGAGAAAGAGUGUGCCUGACGACCAUGUACAUAAUCUGUACAUAACAUUGCAGUAAUAUAUUUA